AUGGAGAAGGUGAAGGUGAAGCGCUACGUCUCGGGGAAGCGCCCCGACUACGCGCCCAUGGAGUCCUCCGACGAGGAAGACGAGGAAUUCCAGUUCAUCAAGAAGGCCAAGGAGCAGGAGCUGGAGCCCGAGGAGCAGGAGGAGGAGCUGGCGAGCGACCCCCGCCUGCGCCGCCUGCAGAACCGCGUUACCGAGGACGUGGAGGAGAGGCUGGCGAGGCACCGGAAGAUCGUGGAGCCGGAAGUGAUGGGGGACAGCGACUCCGAAGUGGAGGGAGAAGCCUGGCCCGUGGAGCGAGAGGACACCAGUGAGGAGGAAGAGGAGGAGAUAGACGACGAGGAAAUUGAGCGUCGCCGUAAUAUGAUGCGCCAGCGUGCUCAGGAACGCAAGAAUGAGGAGUUGGAAGUGAUGGAACUGGAAGAUGAGGGCCGUUCUGGAGAGGAGUCUGAAACUGAGUCUGAAUACGAGGAGUAUACAGAUAGUGAGGAUGAAACCGAACCACGUCUUAAACCUGUCUUCAUUCGCAAAAAGGAUCGAAUCACAGUCCAGGAGCGUGAAGCAGAGGCGCUGAAACAGAAGGAACUGGAGCAAGAGGCCAAACGGAUGGCUGAAGAGAGGCGCAAGUAUACCCUUAAGAUUGUAGAAGAAGAAGCCAAGAAGGAGCUGGAGGAGAACAGGCGUUCUUUGGCAGCCCUCGAUGCUUUGGACACUGAUGAUGAGAAUGAUGAGGAAGAGUACGAGGCUUGGAAAGUGCGAGAAUUGAAGCGGAUCAAGCGGGAUCGUGAGGAGCGUGAGGCGUUGGAGAAAGAGAAAGCAGAGAUUGAACGGGUACGAAAUUUGACUGAGGAAGAACGGCGGGCUGAGCUCCGAGCCAACGGCAAGGUCAUUACCAAUAAGGCUGUGAAGGGCAAAUACAAGUUCCUGCAGAAGUAUUAUCACCGCGGCGCCUUCUUCAUGGAUGAAGAUGAGGAUGUCUACAAAAGGGACUUCAGUGCUCCAACUCUAGAGGAUCACUUCAACAAGACAAUCUUACCUAAAGUCAUGCAGGUGAAGAACUUUGGGCGCUCUGGACGAACUAAAUAUACACACUUGGUGGACCAGGACACAACCUCCUUUGACUCUGCCUGGGGACAGGAGAGUGCGCAGAACACAAAGUUCUUCAAGCAGAAGGCAGCUGGCGUGCGGGAUAUCUUUGAGAGACCUUCUGCUAAGAAACGGAAAGUGACUUGAGUGGGAAAGUAUCACCUGGAUCCCUCUUUUAGCUCUGGCUCAAUUUUGUUACUUGGGCCUACAAAAUAUUUACACUGCCCUGAAUCAAUUAAGCUGGCACUGGUUCAGCUUAACAGGCUCUCCCUUAGACCCUUUGCAGUCCUGUUUUUAAUUUUGACUGACUAUAAGGACUACUGCUCUUUAUAGGAAUGCUGUUAAAUAGCAUGGGGGAGGGGAGCAAACUCUAUUAAAUAGUCCAUUCUACAAAAUUUAAGAGCGAAGUGCUCUGAUCCUGGGUUUGUUUAAAUUGCUGCUCUGAUCCUGUCAGGCAUAACACUUUCAGUUGGAAAUCCUAUAUUGCUGUGUACACAUUAAAAGUAGAUGUGCCAUUAGAAAAAUGCUUGAAAUAAGCUGUCUUUCAUGAAACAUGCUAAGCCAUUAUUUGCUUUUACAGUUUACUGAAUGAACCAUACUAACUUCAUAUAAACAUUAUAUUUUA